AUGUUAUCCUUUGGCGAAGUUUUUGCAACAUUCUUAACGUUCGCAGCAUUGGUAUUGGAAAUAUUCGUUCUGGUGAGCGGAUCUGGCAACCUACCAGUGUUACGUGCUCUCUAUUUUGCCUCUGUGGAAUAUCAGAAUAAGUUUACACGUCUCGGUCUAUGGGGAAGUUGCUAUGGCACGGGCGACACAGUGGAUGAAUGUAGCACACCCACGGUGCCAUUCAAUUGGCCCGAAGCCGAAGGACUCAAUGUGAAGCUAAGCGUGGAUUUGCCUGACAGCAUUUACCUUGCCAUCUUUAUUCUAUUUUGGGUCGCUUUCCUUGCCAAUGCAUUUGCUAUGAUGGUGACCCUAUUUACAUUCUUCCGGCGGAUCCCUAAAUUCAUUUUGGCGUUUGUGUCGCUCAUGGCAACCGGUGCAUUAUGCGUCAUCUUUAUCAUGGUGGUGAUAGCAGCUGCAAAGAUUCGGGAUGCAGCAGGCCAAGCCAAUAUCAAUGCUCACAUUGGUCCAAGCACGUGGAUGUUGCUCGGUUCGAUGGUUGCAUCAGCCUUAGCCACUGGUUGGUAUGCUUUUCAGUGCAUCUGUCGCCGUCAACGAUCCACCACACCUGAUGCUUUCAAGUAUUAG